UUACAAGAAAAACAAACGUAAUGGCGAACUCGGCGAUAUUUAGCCGAUAGUGUGGUAUUUAAUCGGACUCCUGCUACUUUUUGGAAUAACAGGGUAAAGAAUGAUUUUAUCCAACUGAGGCCACAUUCAACUAAUUAAAGUAAGCCAGAGAUCUAUUGGAAUCUGCAUCAAACUUUCAAGUUUCUGUGGAUUGUAUAACCAUUUCGUCAUCGUUAUAUGUAUUUGAUGUUGACGGCACAGUAAAGUCAAUCUGAUUUUGAAAUUUAAACAUGAGUGAUACAGUUCUUGAAAGGCGAGUUAUUUUAAUUGGGAAAACCGGAAGUGGUAAAAGUUCUACCGGAAAUACACUUUUGAGGACGAAGAAUUUUUCAGCAAAAAGAGGUUUCAAAGCUGGAACAAACCAAUGUUUUGUUGAGACAGGGAAUGUGGAAUUCGGACAUUUAAAUUAUGAAUACACUGUUGUUGACACACCGGGGCUGUUUGACACAGAAACGCAGCUUGCUGAGACGGCGCUAACGAUUCAGUCUUCAACUACGACAUAUUGCCCAAACCCGCAUGCCUUUCUUCUCGUUUUCACAGACGACCGAUUUACCCUCGAAGACAACCAUACUGUGGAUAUGUUGCGAGUCAUUUUUGGCGACAAGAUAUGGGAGCAUAGUAUAGUUGUGAUAACGCAUGGGGACAAUUUCGAUUCAGAUGAAGAAUUACUGACACUAGUACGUGAACACACAGCCCUUUCUGAAAUUGUCGAGAAGUGCGGAAACAGACUUGUUAGAAUUGAAAAUGAUGCAACUCAUACAAAACCUGCGCCGGAGAAAAUAUUCAAAACUAUUGAAUUAUUAUGUAAGAAUGGUUCUCACCGUUAUUCUUAUGCAUACAAAAAUUGUCACGAAAAAGAGUUGAGAGAUCACCUCUCCAAUUAUAAAGGGUCUCUUGACAUCGCAUCUCAGCUUGAGGCACUCAACAAAAGCAUCGGAAGGUGGGUACCUGGCUGGAAAUCGGUCUGUUUAGUUGCCGCCAGCGGAGCUGCUGGGUAUUUGAUUGCAACAGGCGCUGUAGCAGGGGCCGCGGCAGGCGCAACUGCAUGGGUUACCGCUAAUGCAGCUUCUGUGGCAUCCUUCGUAGGGGGUGCUUUAUUUGGUGCACUUCCAAAAUUCAAAUUCCGCUAACGAUAUUAAUAUGCAUAUAUAAAUUGUUACAAUACUAAACAUUGCAGACGAACUGCGUUGGUGUCACCACCUAGUUUUGUUUCAUAAUUUAAAAGCUGUAAACAUAUUAUAAAGAAGACACUACAAUCUCUAAGCAUUAUCAAACAGGGAUAAAAAAAGAAAUAACUCCGCAUGAAUCCUUUAUUAAAAGUGUCUUCCAUUGUUAAUGGCAUAAAAAAAAGUUGUUUGGACACCUUAAGCAAUUGAAGAUUGAUGCGAACUUUCGAAGAAGCAGCUGAAUGUUAACAAAAGUUCGAUACGUAUAACUCAGUUUUAUUUGGGGAUCAUAGUUGUAUGUUUUAAUUGCAUGUCAAUAAACCAUUAACACCGUUCAGUAAUCUAAUUUGAAACUGGAACUUAUUAUUUUUGAGAUUCAUUU